AUGACUAAAUUCAGCACUAUUUACGAAUAUUUAACUGACAAUGAAAUACAGAUUUUACAACAAUGCUCUUACCAACUAACUCUUUCGAUUGACGAAUUAACCAAAUCAACUGUAAAAAAUCGUCUUAAUCCACCGCGGCCACAAAACAGCUGGAUAAUUUUUCGAAGAGAUUAUGAAGCAUACUUACGUUUAUAUGAUCAACAUAUCAAAUCAAAAGUUAAAGAAACAGCAAAAGAAUGCAGUUUAAAGUGGCGAAAGUUGUCAAGCGAAGACAAGCAUUUCUUCAAAAUAUUGGAGAAAAUAGCUUGUGAAAAUCAUAAACGUAGAUAUCCCAAUUACAAAUACAAGCCAAAACCUGCAAAAAAUCUAAGCCAUAAAGAAUUUAUUUUUCGAGAACAGAAAAAAUACGUAUCUAUUUCGCCAGAUACGUUUAGAACAAUAACUUCCAAUUCACCUCAAGGACCAAUACAAAUCGAUGGGGCGCCAUCUUUAACUUCCAAUUCACCUCAAGAACUAAUACAGAUUGACGGACCACCAUCUUUGACUUUUAAUUCACCUCAAGAAACAAUUCAAAUCAGCAGGCCGCCAUCUCUGGCUUCCAAUUCACUUCAAGAACUAAUACAAAUCGACGACGAGCCGCCAUUUUUAACAUUAGCAACUUCGACAACCCUUUACAAUAAUCAAGACUAUAUUAAUAACUUUACGAGAGCCAUUUAUAAUCAUCAAGACUAUAAUAAUGACUUUACGACAGCCAUCUAUAAUCAACAAGACUACACUAAUGAUUUAACUCAAAAUUCGAUCGACAACAUGUUCAAUAAAUUGGAUU